AUGGCAUCAGCGAUAUCUAUUCAGAAUCCGUUGCUAUGUUCGCCUUAUCCACACGGAACACUGUUUGAGGCACGUCGUUAUAGUGAACCCACUACGCUACCUCAUCAUUUUGGCACUGGACGAAGAAAGAGUCGUGAGGGUUUGUUAUCAGUUUCAUCCUGGAGCGCAAGCUCCAUUAUGAGGCUAAAACUCAGUUCGCCGUCUUCCCAUUUCGUAAAGGAACACAUGCAUUCAUUCAUAGUUGUCCCCUUUGUCCAUCGGUAG